UCACUCUCACUCACCCCAUUGCACUCAAAUGCACAUCACAAUAUGGUAGUAACAGAGGGACCCUCCGUUCUCCAAACUCUUUAAUUACCCCUACCCGAAAAGAUCCGACUCCCCACCAUUUUUACACACACAACACACAACGACGUGUUAUCUCACUUUCACGUUUCACCACUCUUACGGCUGAAGUUUCCACCCUAAAUCCAACAAAAUGCCUAAAACUCAGCUACAAGUACAACCCUUUUGCACCCUUUUCUUGAUAUUACUGUCUUUCUUGCAAAUCCAGGUGGGAAUCUGUAGUGGGAUCUCAGUUUUGGAGGUAAAUUCAGUGAAAGCUGGUGAAUUGGCUGCAAUGGUGAAAAGGGUUUGUGUAGGAAAAGUUGGUGAUUGCUCAGAAGUGGCAGUAGAGGAGGAGAUGAUGGAUUCUGAGAGCAAUAGAAGGGUUCUAUUCAUGCAGAAAAGAUAUAUAAGUUAUGAUACUUUGAGAAGGGAUUUGGUGCCCUGUGAUAGGCCUGGAGCUUCAUAUUACAAUUGUAAGGGCCCUGGUGUGGCUAAUACUUACAACAGAGGUUGUGAAAUUAUUACCAGGUGUGCAAGGGGAGAUUAGUGGAGUUCAAGUUUGAUUCUUGACACCUCUACAGUAAGAGAAUGCAAUGGAUGGGUAAAAUUUUCUCUUUUCUUUUUCUUUCCCCCAUGUAACUUAAGGUCUGGUUAAGAAGUCUGAUGGUUUGUGUUCAGUUUCUAUGAUGCAAGUAUACUAGUAUGGUAUAAAUGUUACUUUUG